UGCACUGUGAUCAAUAUGUUGUAAAAUUUCCUAAUUUCUGGAAUAUGAAUCAAAUCAUGGAUGAAAGUUUUACAGAGCUGUUGUAUUGAUGGCGCACUGAAAUUCCUUUUCAAUUUGCAAAAAAUUAGUUUUGGGAACUUAUUAGUGGUUUUGCUGAAACUAGAUGAUUGAUUCCAGGCUUGUGAAUUUUUAGUUGCUAAGGAAAUGCUUCAAGAGAAAUGAGUUUGAUAUUUGCAGUUCUGUGCAGAUCAGUUAUUGUUGUACUUACUACUGUUUUGCACAAGAGGGGGGCUGUUCAGGCAGGGAGAAUUCAUUGCUGCCUUUCGUUUAACAUCUCAAUCUCAGAUCAGCGUUUAACAUAACUCAGUUUAUGUUGAUCUGCUGCUACUGGCCCUAGACUGAAAGGCCUAACUGAAGCUUCAUCUUAUUGUAGGUUGGAUAGAAAAAUGCGAGGAGGAUUUACAAGACGAGGACGCAGGUUGGCUCUUCUCGAUGAUGAUGAAGAAAAUGCUCAUGAGGAAGAAAUUCAUGUCGAAGAGGAAGAAUUGGAGGAAAAUGAUACAGUGAGCGGAAAUGGUACAGUGAAGGACCAUCCUACACAUGAUCAAGAAGGCCGUAUAUUCAUUCAUCUCAGGAAUGAUGGAUUAUUGUACCCUUCCAGAGCUGUGGCGAACAUAUUGAAAGAUGCUUUCCAAAAUAUAGUGCACCCAACUGCAUUCUCACAAGCAAAACUUGAUGAUUCAUGCAUUGAAUCCUAUUGGCAAGAAUUUAAGGCCCAUGCCAAUAUUGAGAACUAUAAUCAAGACCUUGCCAAAAGUGCUUUUCACACAAGAUGCAAGCGUAAGUAUGGCAAUCAUAUCUACAGACUGAAAAAUAGGAAAAGAAAGCCUGCUUACUUCACGGAUGCAUUGUGGGAAGACUACACUAAAGCAUGGAAUACGGCUGCGUCUAUCAAGGUUUCCGAGAGAUGCUCGAAGAAUCGUAAACAAGGAUAUGAGAAAGCCCCCGGCACACAUUGUAACGGAUCUGUUUCAUUUGACGUUACAGUGGAAAAGAUGAUUAAAGAGAAUAAUGGGAAGAUGCCUAAGUUUGUAGAAUUUUAUAUAAGGGUUCACACGCGAAGAGGCAAAGAUUCACCGGGGGAGUUGUGUUCGCAGCGCGCCAUAGAAAAAAUGGAGCAAGUUAAGGCAAGAGCCGAUGAGUUGCGGGCUGCUGGGGAAGUAGAUCCAGAUUUUGAUCGCAUUUACCUUGACCUUUUUGUGAAGAAUAUGAAGAGAAAACAAAUUCCCGGAGCUGGACAGGCCACAAGCAUUUAUUUCGCUGAUGCUAGCAGUUCGUCCACUGGGGGCUCAGGCGUUAGCACGGAAGAGUUACAAGCAAUGCGAGAACAAAUCACAAUUGAGAUGCGCGCGGAGCAGGAGCAGCGAUAUGCGGAGCUGGAGAUGCAAAAUGCAGCGUUGAAAGCGGAGCUGGAUAGUCAAAGUGCAGAGCGUGAUGCUGCUUUAGCGCGUCAAAAAAUGGAGUUACGCGCUGAAUUUGAGAAAGAAAAUGAGAGGAUGUUAGAACUAUUGUUGGAUCUUACUAAAAAGGUUAACCGAAUUAGUAAAAACUGA